AUGAGUGUAGAGAUUGUUGGAGGGUGGAAACUGUACCUUGAGACAGAAGGCGCCAUGUUCUGGGUCAGGACACUCAGGACGUCGCUGAGGAACGGAUCCCGGUUCCUAAAAGGCCGGAGUCCAGGGAAGCCCUCGGUCAGGAGAGCUGGUGGUGGGCCACAUAUUGAGCCCCAAUAUCGACAGUAUCCACAAUUGACCAAGAAGCAAGUACUGGAGGCUGAGUUUCUCAGUGGUUUCAUGUGGUUCUGGAUUUUCUGGCACCUAUGGCAUGAUCCUGAUGCAGUCCUUGGGCACUUUCCUUAUCCUGAUCCUUCUAAAUGGACUGAUGAGGAGCUGGGCAUACCUCCAAUUGCUGAGGAAUAAUCUGAACUAGCUUUGCUGAAAUGUGUUUCCUUUGUGGGCAUUUCUGGGAAUGUUCAUCUGAUACUUGGAAAAAACAACUUAUUGUAAAUUAAAUUGAAAUAAAUAUUAUUUGGUCAGUUA